UCAAUGCAAUGUAUACCUUCCAUCGAAAAAAAAUCUGAUCUUCUGUCUCUUUCCAUCUGAUUUUAUUAUCCAUAUAUUUCCUUUACUAUUUGUGAUUCUUGUGUUCUGAGUCUUUGUGUGGAGUGUUUUCAUUGGUUCAUGACAAGUUAAGCAAGUUUCAAACAUUAUAAGCCAUUUCUGGUAAUCUCAUAGCUCACCUGUCAUCGUCCCAACUUACCUGUUACCUAGAGGAAAUCAGGCAAUUCAGAUGCAUUGAUCUCUCAAUCUCACCUAACAUUCCAUUUUUAAAUCUUAAUUUUAAAACAAAAAAAAAUCAAUAUUACUCUGCAUAUAAUUUGUAAAUCUGAAAUAUCCAUGAUUACAAAGUAAACAAGAUGGAUUACGUUUAGAAUAUGAUGUAAAAAUAGAAGAUGUAGUUUUGAAUAUAAUAACAUUCUGAUUCCUUCAGUUCAGAAAAAAAAACAUUCUGAUUCCUCCUUAUCCUAAAAUGUACAGAGACAAGUACAACUAGCUGUACUUGGACUUAGCUUAGAGUCAUUGAAAAUAUUGUUGACAUAAAUGUGAACAGGUUUGGGAGACUAAAUGCAGCAACAAGGUACUACGGAAACUAAGAUCAGGGAAUUAUUUAGUUUAAUUAAUGAGCCACUACUGAAGCCACAUGGGCAUUGUGAUAAGUUUUGGAGACAAAGUUUACAUGAUAUGGUUUAGCUAGGCAUAACAUUAGCUGGAUCAGUUUUUCAAAAAAAAAAAACAUUAGCUGGAUCAGUCCUUUGACACAAUAAUCUCUAUAGCGAUUGAGCAGUUUCCGAAAAACAUUUUUCAUGCAUGAAUUUGGUAGGCACUAGAAACAUGAUGACUCUGCGUUAGAGAUCUUCUUAGACAAAGACUGGAUCUGUUUGGUUUUGCAGUUAUAAGAACAUCUAGUAAAUUUCUCAGUAGAAGUACAACAUCAUUUGUGUCACUUCUGUCGGGUUCAAGUUCCGUGGGAUUAGGCCCUGUCUCAUAAACAAAAUUAACUUGGGUCUACCUCAUUUUUUUUCAUACCUUACACAAGUGAUUUAAAGAAGAAAAAAAUAGAGCACGAGAAAAUGCGAGUUGCAAGGAGCCAGUUUUUUUUCUUUUGCAUUUGUCUACAUGUUCCACUGGUUGUAACUACAUCCGAUUUUGUAUGAGAUGUAUAUGACGUAGAAUCUACUAUCUACCAGCUUGAUAUCAGCACAUUUAUACUAAAUCUCGAAUGUUUUAUAGGGACUUAGAAACAGGGGAGAGGUCAAAAAGAGAAACACUAAGCUCACAGUUUCCGAUGUUGUUGUUAAACGUCCCAAACGGUCGAGUAACUCAAGGCCAACAAGUCAACUCUCAAGAGUCACUUACCAACACAAACACUAAUAACAUUCAGUGAUCCAUACAAAUAUACAUGAAUGUAAUUUUUUAUAACUGCAGACUGCAGUACAGAAGUCGAAUUUAAUCAAACGAAGAAUCAAAGCGAUAAUCACACACACUUAAUUCUAAUCAGUAUAUUUUGGUCAAACAUUUAUUAUCAGUACAUAUUUGUCCCUUUGUAUCUAAAAAUGAAUACUUUCUUCAACUUUGUUAAUAUGGCAGAUAAAGUCUUACUUUGCUUUCAACUCAUUUGUUAAUUUAAUAUCGAAUAACAUUAUAAUAGAAAGUAAGAAAUCAUACAUUUUAAGAAAAUAGAUUAAUUACCCAGUUCAGUCGAGUUAUGUAUUAAAUUUUAAACUUAUACUCAGGACCGGGCCUGACAUAUGUGGGCCCAGAAGCAAUUAAAAUUUAUUUGGCCCUAUAACAACUAUUUUAAAAAAAAAUCACUUUGAUUUUGCUAUAUACAGAUUCAAACUCGGCACCCUAGGUUAUUUACAACCAAAUUUUACCAUCUGAACUAUCAGAUAUUUAAUGUAUUUGGCCCCUAAAUUAUUUCUAACACCAUCGCCUUCAAGCUAAUGCUUGAUGAGCUUGUGCUCAGGCCCAGCUCUGCUUAUACUUCAGAGUCGCAAUGUAACAAAACUAACGACGAACCCUAAAAUUCAAAACAGGGAAACUAAGAAUUUCUAUGGCAACACAAACGAGCAACAGACUCCCAAUUAUGCAGAUAACAAGACAGUUUAGAAAAAGUUAAAGAACCUUCAAUUGAUGAAAGCAUCAUUUAUUCGAAACGCAAAUAAUCUAACACGCAAUAGUGUAAAGCCCAUUGUAUAAAGCAAGGCAUAAACUUAACUUUUCUAGCAAUCCAAGCAAAUAUCGUAAAGCCAACCAUACCUUCCUUCCACAAAACGACGAUUAGUUCUCUAUAAAUCUAACGAAUGUUGUCAAUAAAUAAAGACUAAAGUAAUAAACAAACAAACUUUUACCCAAAAAAAAGUAACAAAAACCCCUAUGGAAAAUCGCAUGACCACUUUUCAUCCUAAACAUUUCCUUGAGUCUGAUCUACAUCCGGACUUUGCUGGUGCAAAGAAAUGCGUUAUUUGUGAGAAAUGGAUCUCUACUCGGCCUAAUCAUUUGUAUUGUCGUCCAUGCAAUUUAUGUUUUCACAAAGAAUGUUCAACCAGUUUGAUGGAGAAUCUGACAAUAGAUCGUCCAGCGACACAUGAACAUACGCUCACCUUCAUUCGCCAAAAGAACUCUUUCAACUGUGUUGCUUGCGGAAUGGUCGUCGCUAACAAAGAGAUGAAUUUCUACGGUAUGUACGAGAUAAAUAUGUACGGAUGUUUGCCCUGCAACUUCUUUAUCCACAGAGAUUGUAUGUUUUUACCAAAGGUGAUAAAGCUUACUCGUCACUCACACCGCUUGUUUCAUACUUUUCAAGUUCCUGAUUACAACACGAACUGUCGAAUAUGUGGUGACCCGUUUGUUUGCGGAAGUGGAGGAUAUAUUUGUACUGACGAGACGUGUGAUUAUAAACUUCACUCAUAUUGUGCAACGCAUAAAAAGAUUUGGGAUGGCAAAGAUGUGGAGCGAGAACCUGAAGAAAUUAGUAACUCUGAAGAUGUUACGUUUUCAUCGUUGGAGGAGGUAGAUGGCAAAACAAUCCGUCAUUUUAGUCAUCACCAUGAUUUAGUGAGACAAUAUGUCAAUGGUGGAGAAGAAGAAAACAAACGAGUAUGCCAAGCAUGCAUCCUUGGCAUUGGCUCCGGUCCUUUCUUGGGUUGUAAAGAAUGUGAUUUUGCACUCCACGACACGUGUGCAAGGCUACCUCGGAAGAUGGAACACCCUUUUCACCGCCAUCCAAUAACCCUAGAGGUGGACAUGAUGAACAUCAAAGAAGGGUUCUUCAGAUGUUCUAAAUGUGAACGAGAAUCAUGUGGUUUCAUGUAUCGAUGCUGCCAAGAGGAAUGUGAGUUUAAAAUGGAUACAAGGUGUGCUUCACUUGCUGAUCCAUUAUACAAUGGAGCCCACCAACACCCUCUCACUCUAUUAGGCCGUGGGGCACGUUGUUACGAAUGCGGUUUCUAUUUGGAUUCAGAACAAGCAACGCUGCCGGUGUUGGUAAAAUGCAACUAUGACAUUCAUCCACUUACCCUAUUUUUAGGUAUAUCAAUUAAUAUGUGGCCAUGGAAGCCCUUUGCUUGUGAAGUCUGUGAACUAAGAAUCAAACCUACUUAUCCGGAUUACCAAGAUCUCUACGGCUGCUUCGACUGCGACACCGUUGUACACGUUGAGUGUGCAAUAGGAAAAUACCCGUAUCUGAAACCUGGCCAUACGAUCAAGUUGAAUGGUUUUGAGAUUGAGAUUGCAUCCAACAGUACUCUUUCUCGGCCUAUAUGUCAUGCAUGUCACUCUAUCUGCCAAGAUAAACUGGUUUUCAAUAAUAAGAGCAGUGCCAUCUCUUUCUGUUCUAUCAACUGUAUAACCUCUUCAUAGAAAACCCUACUGCAAUCUUACAUGUGUAGAGUGCUUGUGUAAAAUAAGUAUUUUCUUUUACUUUUCUAAUUUGAAGUCUAUAUAAAAAAUAAGAUCUUGCUUUGCUUUCAGGUUAGUUUACAUGAUAUGGUUUAACUAGGCA